AGGGUAGUUCUUCGUGGAAUGUGGGCUAGUCCGUACAGCAAGAGGGUGGAGCUAGCUCUUAAAGUAACAGGGAUCGAGUAUGAGUUCGUGGAAGAAGAUUUGACGAACAAGAGUGAAGCCCUCUUGCGAUACAGUCCUGUUCACAAGAAAGUCCCUGUUCUUGUUCACAACGGCAAGCCCAUUGCCGAGUCGCUGGUCAUUAUGGAGUACAUCGACGAGACUUGGAAGGAGGGUCCUCGCCUCUUGCCCCAAGAUCCCCAUGAAAGAGCCAAAGUUCGCUUCUGGGCUGGCUUUCUCCACCAGCAGUUGUUUGAGGCCAUGGGUUCAGUGCUCAGAACUGAUGGAGAAGAGCAAGAGAGAGCUGUCAAGGAAGUGCAUGAGAAACUGAAGGUGUUGGAAGAUGGAAUCAAGGGCAGUUAUCCUGGGGGGUCCCCAUUUUUCAACGGCGAUAACAUGGGACUCCUAGACGUUGUUGUCUGUUCGAUAUUAGGUAAUCAUAAAGUUCGGGAAGAGGUCCUCGGGGUAAAAUUUCUUGACCCGGCUAAGUAUCCAACGGUGACCUCUUGGGUGAAAGCUCUAACCGAGUUGCCGUUGGUGAAAGAGGCAAUGCCUCCCCAUGAGAAGCUGGUGGCCAUUUAUCGGCUUUUCAGGGCUAGGCUUCUUGAAUCUGCUGCAGCUUAAUGCUUGUAAGGGUCUCCUUGAUGUUAAAGGUGGGAACUUCGUCUAUCAAACUCACAUGUUAAAUGUGAUUGCACUUCUAUGUAAUCCGAUUGUGUUUGCAGAAUAAGCUACAUAGCCCAAUAAAGUAUACUUCAAAUGUUCCACUA